AUGGUUACCCCACGACCUGCUGCUAACAGACCCCACGUUCUCCUGACGGUGGUCCUCAUCAUGACCAGCCUGGCGCUGAUGGAUGUUUACCUGGUGAAGCAGAACCCGGGGCCCAGGAGGAUUGGCGUGUGCGUCACCGUGCUGGCAGGUGACGCGUGUUUCCUCAUCGUGCUGCGAUACGUCGCCAUCUGGGCCAGUUCGGAGGUGCACACGGCCAGGCGAGGCUACGCAAUGAUCCUCUGGUUCUUCUACAUCUUCAUCCUGGAGAUCAAGGUCUACUUUGUGUAUCAGAACUACAAGUCUCAGGAUGUGAGCGUAGAUGCCGAGGUGAUGGAAGUAGGCGUGUCCAGGAGGGCGCUCACACUGCUGCUGUCUGUCUGCGUGCCCAUCGUGUUCGUAACCCUGGCGGCCAUAGAUCAUCUGGAGUAUUUACGGCCGUAUAAGAAGAGAGAGGAGAUACGGAGUCGUCUGUUCUGGGUGGUGGUGGACCUGCUGGACGUGGUGGAUGUCCAGGCCAACCUGUGGGAGCUCCAGAGGGAGGGGCUCCCCCUGUGGGUGGAGGGACUGACAUUCUUCUACUGCUACAUCCUCCUGCUGGUGCUGCCCUGCGUCUCCCUGAGCGAGAUCAGCUUGCAGGGCAUCAACAUCGUUCCACACAAGAUGAUGCUCUACCCCAUCCUCAGUCUGGCCACCAUCAACGUCAUCACCCUCCUGAUUCGCGGGGGAAACCUGCUGAUCUACGGUGACACCCAAGUGUCGGCCAUCAUGAUGGGGAAGAACGUGAUCGCCAUCGUUGUGAAGAGCUGCAGUCUGGUGCAGUACAGGAAACAUCAGCCGGCUUCUCCCCCCGCAGAUCGAGGAGCCGAGAUGCACAAGAACUCUCUGGGAGAUGUUGAGAUAUCCAACACUCAGCAGGUGGUGCUGCCCAGAGUCAUCAUCGAGGACUUCACCACCAUACCGGAAGAGGAGGAGGAGGAGGUGACAGGUGUCAGCAAACAUGAGGACGAGAUGAAGGCAGAAGAGAACCAAACAACCCUCCACAACAGACCUGUUUGA